GACCAUAAGGGGCGGGGCUUUCCUAGGAAUACUUGGGGGAAAAAUAGGCGGCUUGGUUUGAAGGAAGAGUUCAGGUGCGCGAAAGCAACAAGUAAAAUACGUUUUAAUUGUGUUUUUUUAAAAGGACACUGAACUGUUAUCGGCAUUACACGUAUACUUCAGUCUUAGGACGUAGUGGUUUAUUUCCACCCACUUCUUUAUGACGCUCAUCUUUUAGUUUCGUAUUGUUUCGAUAUGUACAGUUUCGAGUGAACUCUUCCUGGUUGGGUUCACUGGUUACAAGUGAACAAAAAUUGUAUAUUGGAGUUUGUUUUCUGAUACAGCCGGAUAUGCGCCUAAAAGUAAGAUGGACGACGCAGGUCCUGCCAUUUCUAGUGGUGUCACAGGUGAUCACGGGGGUGUUUUCCAGAUGUGCUAGGAGACUCCUGUCAGUAGAACAACAGCAAAUCUCAGCUUUUCUAAGUCCAGAGGAAGCAAUGACAUUCUUGGGACGCCAUUUGCUAUACAAUCGCUUUGACUUUGAGUUGUUCACACCAGGAAAUUUAGAACGGGAAUGCUAUGAAGAAAUAUGCAACUAUGAGGAAGCCCGGGAAGUGUUUGAAGAUACUGCAAAAACAGAUGCAUUCUGGAAAGAUUAUAUUAAAAAUGGCCCUUAUGCUAACCCAGGUUCAAAUGACCAAAAGGUAGAUGUUACAGCUCUCAUUACUGGCCUCAUAGCUGGUGGUGUAUCACUCUUCAUAAUUGCUCUGCUAUGUUGGUAUUUUUGCUGCAGAAUUAAAAGGAGAAAAAAUGUGAUUCGUAUGAGACAGAACAGUCCAAGUUCUAAUCCUACAAGUGGGGAAGAGAUCUCUUUGAACACAAUGCCUACCCAAAUGGAGGACACUGCACAUGGACUUCCAUCAUACGAUCAAGCCUUUGCUAUGUCAGGACAGUAUGAUGCACCCCCUCCUCCUUAUCCAGGGUCUCGGUCAGGAUCACUGCAUCAGUGAAAAGAAGGAAACGCAGUCCAUAUGUAUUUUGUGUUUUAAACAAAUGUGAAACAUAAUUAUUUUUUUAAUGUGCAUUUUUCUGUGAUACACUAAUUUGUUUCUGUAGUCAGGAGUAAAGGGCUAGUAGUGCCUUUCUAAAUCUGUUUUAGUAUGUUUUAACCAAUUUUAUUGUAAUACUACAAAUAAAUUAUCAUUCUUCCCUCAA